GCCACGUUUUCCGCGUUUUCUCAGUUUUUCCCUUUUUCAUCAACGCCCGAACGCCACCCAUCGACGCCAUAACGUUAGACAACGCCCUCUUCUCCGCCACGUUAGACAACGCCCAACUGCUCCUAGUUGAUACUAUACUCCCAUGCGCUAGUAUAUGCUCAGUAUAUGCUCUCCCCCCUUGAUACUCCCAAGCGCCACUAUCUCAGUACUUUGAUUCUCCCAAGCGACAACCCCCAGCGACAUCAUGGAAGUCUCAAAACCCGACGCGCCAACAGCAGAUUCUACCCUCGAAGCCCUUGGUUAUACAGCAGAAUUGUCCCGCAACCGGUCAACAUGGCAGGUCGUGUUCAUGUGCUUCAUCCUUGCCUCCGUGCCAUAUGGCUUGUCCACCACCAUGUCAUACGCCUUGAUAGGUGGAGGCUCGGCCAAUAUGAUCUGGGGCUGGAUUGUCGUUUCUCUGAUCAUGAUGUGUGUAGGCGCUUCUCUAGCUGAAAUCACCUCGGUAUAUCCCACUGCUGGUGGUGUCUAUUACCAGACUUUUGCCCUCUCGCCAGCCUGGUGUCGUCGCGCCACGGCUUGGGUGUGUGGUUGGUCUUUUGUCGCUGGUAAUAUCACUAUUACGCUGGCUGUUAACUUUGCGACCGCGCUAUUCUUUGUCGAAUGUUUGAAUGUUUUUGAGGAUUCCACUGGUACUGGUAUUGCCGCCAAUAUGGAGACUUAUCAGACUUAUCUUAUUUUCGUCGCCAUCACUGUUCUCUGUCAUGCUAUUCCCACUUUCGGGAAUAGAUGGCUCACCCAUAUCGAGACCUUUGCCAUCUUCUGGACCAUUGUUGGAGUGACAGCUAUCCUGAUUACCAUCCUGGUUGUCGCGCAUAGCGGACGCCGAUCUGCUGAAUUUGUCUUCACCUCGUUCGAGCCCCAAUCUGGCUGGCCAGAUGGUUGGUCAUUCUGUAUUGGUUUGCUCCAGGCUGCAUAUGGUCUUUCGGCUACUGGAAUGGUCACAUCCAUGUGCGAGGAGGUCCGUCAACCAGCCAUCCAGGUUCCCCGGGCUAUCGUCGGUGGUGUUGCUCUCAAUGCCCUGGCCGGUUUCGCAUUCCUCAUUCCUAUCGCAUUUGUGCUUCCGGAUGUUGCCAUGCUCGCAGCUCUCCCGUCGGCUCAGCCUGUUCCGACUAUUGUGAAGUCUGCCACUGGCAACUCCGCGGGUGCAUUCUGUCUCCUGAUUCCAUUGAUUGUCCUCGGACUGAUCUGUGGGAUUGGCUGUGUCACUGCUACGUCUCGGAUCACUUGGGCGUUUGCUCGUGAUGGCGCCAUUCCCGGCUCCGGCUGGUGGAAAACUGUAAAUGGACGUCUGCAGAUUCCAUUGAACUCAUUACUGCUGGGAAUGGUCAUUGAGCUGCUUCUCGGAUUGAUCUACUUCGGUUCAAGUGCUGCUUUCAGUGCGUUCUCCGGUGUCGGUGUCAUUUUCCUGACAAUGAGUUAUGCAUGCCCUGUCGCGGUGUCCUUGAUUCUUCGCCGCCGUAAGGACCUUGAGCGUGGUUCUUACAAUCUUGGAUUACUUGGCACCUUCUGCAACGUCGUUUGCAUUGCUUGGUGCUUACUUGCUAUCCCACUCUUCUCCAUGCCGACGAGUAUUCCCGUCACAAAAGACACAAUGAACUAUGCCUGUGUUGUGUUUGUCGGGUUCGUGGUUAUUUCUGGAGUGUGGUAUGGAGUAUGGGGUAAGAAGAACUAUAUCGGUCCCGCACUCGAAGAGAUCGAUGGUCAACCCGGUUCACAAGCUGGUGACCACUCAGACAUCGAUAUCGCCCCGAACAAGUGAUUUGACUAUGGGCGAGCAAUUGCAAUGGUUCGAGGGACCAACGUACCGUGCUGUUUGAUAGCGACUACGCUUCGCUGAAGACAGCGCAACUCGAAACACUGCAGGUACACCUUUACACCCAGAGCUAGUUUCACGACUACGACUACCAAAGUGGUGUAAUUCUGGGCGACCUGGCAGCUGGUUCUUGCUCAGGUCAAUGCAAGCAUAGCCCCAUUCCGACCACUUCCGCCUAUUUCUGUCAACGAAAAGAGGCGGACAACAGAAAUCUUCGUUAUCUGGCUUGUGGUAUUCGAAGAUCGACAAAGGUGUAGUAUAUAUGUACAUAACUCAUUACCGCAGAAGUAUAUAGGACUAGGACUAGGAUCUUAAAAUUAUACCCAAACAGUUCAAAGGAACCAAGCAGUUGUAGUCAUUC